AUGGAUGAAGAAGAAGAGGCGCAACAAGAAUCCGAAUAUUUUAAAGUGGCCAUCAAGCAGAUGUUGGUAGAAAAUCCUGACUCAGCAAAGCUACAAGAAAUAGCCAAAGUUUUGAAUUCCAUAGCCGAUUAUGGUUCUUGGUGUUUUAAUGAAGAAGUUGUAAUCGACGAUGGUUUGGUAGAUAGUUUGAAAAUACCUUCAAAUUCAUGGUUUAUAUUUCACUAUGAAGAAGCAUUAGAAAGUUUCAGAAUAUUAUAUUUUUAUCAAGACAUUUCUCUUGCUCCUUGUGAUGAUUUUUACUACAAACCAUCUGGUAACAAAGAUUAUGUGAGUAUUAAUCUUUCUUUUGUUCAUCACAAGAUGUUAAACACUAUUCCUUCAUAUCUGGUUCUUAUUAAAGGAUAUGGAAAGCAGAACUGGUCUGUACGGAUGGAAGAUAUCAACAAUGAACUUUACAUAACUACCGGAUGGAAGCAGAUAAAGAAUGACUUGUCAAUAACUGCUGAUCAUCUGAUUGUCUUUGAGAUGAUAGAUCUUCAGACUUUUCAUAUCACGGUUUUCAAUUGUGCUACCUGCGAUUUAGUGCUUCCACCGGAGGUCUGUGCUAUUGUUAAAGAAAAGGUGGUAGAAGAGAUUAAGUUGAGUUCAGAUACUGAAGCUGUACAGGACAUCAUUAAUGUCAAUGAAGGUGGUGUGGUUGUUGUGAAUGAAGAUAAUCAGAUCGUACCUAUUUCUUUCCGUGUGGACGGUCAUUUUGCUGAAGAUCUCGGACUGAAUCGUAAGAUGGGUUUGAAGAUUGUGGACGCGGCAGGUGAUGUUUGGAAUGUUCAAGUUGCUAUAGGUUCAUCUCGAGGCCAACCAAGAUAUUAUGUGCAAGGAAUGAGAAAGUUUGUGAAGGAUAAAGGCAUGGCUCUAGGUCAAGCAUUUACACUUAACUUUGUGAAAGAUAUGGCAACUAACUUCAACAUAUUUUCUUAUGAAUGGGUCGAUUUCAGUCAUGUUUUAUCUAUAACAGUUGAUAAGUUUUGGGGAAAGGCUGGAGAGACCUCAGAUUUCUCUCCAGCUUGUAAAACGAUGUAUGCUCUUUCGCGUCUGCCUGUUGAAGUUGUUAAGAGAGCAAAUCUUGCUAAUAAUUUGCAUUCUUUGAGUGUUCAAAACAUGGCCGGAGUUGUGGAGGUUUAUGACGUCAAGAUGGAGCUAAACGGUGGGAAGUUACGUUAUGCGAUGGAUGAUUGGCAGAAGUUCAUGUCUGAUAAUAAGUUGAAGUUUGGUGAUAUGCUGCACUUUACUUACGUUACUUCCCAGCAAAAGAUCGUCCUAACUGACGUUAUGCUGGUGUAA